AUGAAGGACUUUUGCGGGCUUUGCGGCGAGUCGCGGACGGCGGUGGUGGGUGUCGUGUCGGAGAUCGUGCUGCCAUCUUCCGGCGUCGUCUUGGUGAAGCAACUGCCGUUGUGGGAGGCGCGACAGCAGCGCCAGGCUGCGUCUGUCCCGCGGCCGACUUUGGACGCCGCGUCGUCUGUGUGCCGCAAGUGCUGGAAGCGUGUGACUGCCAUCGACCGAUGCAUUGCGCGGCUGGACACACUUUUUGCCGAUCUCUGGGCCACCCUGAAUGCUGCCCGUCCUGAUGUCAAGACGGAGAGAGAUGACGAGUUGUUGGACGUGGUGUCGAGUCCCGUGCUGAACGAGAAGGACUCGGUCUGCCAAAAGAAAGAGUUGGGCGAUGAAGUCACGGAAGCGUUUGGAACGGUGGUGGCGACAUCUGUAGAUGGUGGAAAUGAUGCUGAAGAGGAGGCUGAUUUGGACGAAUCCCUUUCCUGCUCGACGGAAGACGAGCUGGCGGCGCACAAGAAGCAGCGCCACCUGCACCCGUGCCCCCAGUGCACCGACGUGUUCCCCACCAAGCGCGCCUUUGUCCGCCACUUUGACAUGGUGCACAAGGCCACGGUGGCCUGUCACGUGUGCGGCAAGUUUGUCAAGAAGCUGCAACAGCACCUCGAGUACGUGCACCUGAAGCUGGGCAAGUACCCGUGCGACGUGUGCGGGGAGAAGUUCGUGACGCAGGCGAGGAUGGAGAAGCACGCGUGCGACGUGCACGGCGUCCCGCAUCACCACAUGUGCGAGCAGUGCGGGCUCACGUUCCCGUCCAACGUGGCCCUGUGCAAUCACCGGGCGCAUCACGGCGGUGCCGUGUGUCCCAUUUGCAGCAAAGUUAUCAAAGGUACUGGUCAUCAUUGGCUCCAAGACCACAUUGACGGGGUGCACAAGCGAAUCAAGAAGUACCCGUGUGACAUGUGUGGGGAGAGUUUCAUGUACAGAUCUCAAGUCCUGUCGCACAAGGUGCGGGAGCAUAAUGUGCAAAAGCGACAGUACCCGUGUACCCUGUGUGGCAAGGUGUUUUCGUACAAGCGGAAUUUGCGGACGCAUUCGUACAAGGAGCAUGGCGUCGUUUCGGAAAAGCUGAAGCUGUUUCGAUGCGAGGCCUGCGGCAAGGAGUUCGCCAAUACGUAUGCAUUGAGACGCCACGAGGCAACCCAUUCGUCGGCUGCUGGGGGCGGCGGCGGCCCAAAUAAACCACACUCGUGUCCGCACUGUGACCACAAAACGGCCCAGUUUGAGUCGCUCAAGGUGCACAUCAAGAGCAAGCACAACCGGGACAUUUGCCGCGUGCUCCAGCCCAACGGCGACUAUGUGAUUGAGGAUGCGGUGGUGGUCUGACAUUCAUCUGUCGAAUGUCGUCAAUUCCAUCAUCCCCCUUUUGGUUUCUUUUUUUUUAUGAAUGAAGCCAGUCUCUGCAAUGCGCAAAUCGUUCUUGUCGCCUGAUGGUGGCACAUGAGUUUUUAAUCUCACCAUGCAAGUACAGCCAUUUGGCCGAUGAAAGACUGUUUUGAGCCAAUUUUCACGCAGCAAAACCAGUGGAAUCGUUCGGUUCCUUUCCGUGGACGGUAAUGUUUAGGGGGCCAAAAGGAUAAUUAUUCUUCGGAUGAGAAAUAAUGCAACGUAAGGAAAAUAUUGUGGAGGAACAUUUUCGUGCAAAAAUCCAUCUGUUCUUAUAUAAAUCCGGAUCCUUCGAAUCAAAACUUAUGUUUCUCGUAGGUUUCUGAAUGAUGAAUUUUGGUUUGUGUACUUCUUAAUUAGUUCCCAUGGUAACUGUAGUCCGGAAACCCAGGCUAUUUUCGAAAAAUAUGAACGGAUGGAGCUCGCGUUUGAAACAAAAAAAUUCAGCUUUCAGUACGUGCGAUUUUCAAGUACAGUUACAGUAUUUGGAAGUUGUUGGAAAAUCUUUUGAGCUAUCCCGUGUAUUGCAGAUGUUGCCCGCAGGCAAUGUAGAGCUAGCAUUUGGAACUACUGUAUUGUAUUGAUACUUUUGUGCGCUGACGUGGCGAAGUGCCGAAGUUUUUGCCAAUUGGAUCUUCAGUUAAUAUGAAUCGAAAAUUUGGUGGAACUGCGUUCAAUAAUCCAUCAGGAUGAACGAGACAAUUUUGGAUCGAAUCCCAGAAAAAUGCGGAGGUUGGGAUUUGUAGAUGAACGGGCGAAACUGCUGCUGUGAGCUUUUUGCAUAUUUAUAUUUGAUCGUAUAUUACUAACGCGUACAAACGAGGCUCAUGGGAAUGAACAUUUCCAACGGAAUGAGGAGCGAAUUCGGGAUGUUGUGAAUAACAACUCUGAAGAGUCAACCUUU